CUCAGAGAGUGUCUCUCUCAAAUAAACAGUCUCUCAGAGUCUCUCUCUCUUUUUCUUCGAGUCAGUGAUCUAUAAGUGAGAGCGAGUGAAAAAGAAAGAGGAGAGAACAGAUAUAGCAAAUUCGCAAUGGCUGUUUCGCAAUUCUCAGCAGCAACUUCGACCGGACGAUCAGAGGCAUUACUAACUCGGUCUGGAUUACUCGGUGGUGGUUUGGGUUCAAGAGGCAGCAAAUCCAAGGUGUUGUUGAUGAGGACAUGGAUUUCACGGCCUGUCACUGUCAGGCGGUGUUUCUCUGUCAACAGCGUCUCCAGCGACUCCAACCAAACACUGAAGGAUCCGAUCACUCAAGAAGAGGCUUCGACUGCUCACAGUUCAUUCACACUAGAUGCUGCAUCCAUUGCCUCAAGUAUCAAAUACCAUGCAGAGUUCACUCCAUUAUUUUCUCCUGAGCGGUUUGAGCUUCCGAAGGCUUUCUUUGCAACUGCACAAAGUGUUCGUGAUGCUCUCAUUAUAAAUUGGAAUGCAACAUAUGAUUAUUAUGAAAAAUUGAAUGUAAAGCAGGCAUAUUAUUUGUCAAUGGAAUUUCUACAGGGUAGAGCACUGUUAAACGCAAUUGGUAACUUAGAGCUCACUGGUGCUUAUGCAGAGGCUUUGAGAAACCUAGGACACAAAUUAGAACAUGUGGCUAUCCAGGAGCCUGAUGCUGCACUUGGUAAUGGGGGUCUUGGGCGUCUUGCCUCCUGUUUUCUGGACUCGUUGGCAACAUUAAAUUACCCAGCCUGGGGUUAUGGACUUAGAUACAAGUAUGGUUUGUUUAAGCAGCGAAUUACAAAAGAUGGGCAGGAGGAAGUUGCUGAAGAUUGGCUUGAGAUGGGCAACCCUUGGGAAAUUGUGAGAAAUGAUGUCUCAUAUCCUGUCAAAUUCUAUGGCAAGGUUGCUUCUGGAUCAGAUGGAAAAAGACACUGGAUUGGAGGAGAAGAUAUAAAGGCUGUUGCUUGUGAUGUUCCCAUUCCAGGAUAUAAAACUAAAACCACUAUCAAUCUGCGACUUUGGUCAACCAAAGCUCUGUCAGAAGAUUUUGACUUAUAUGCUUUUAAUGCUGGGGAGCACACCAAAGCAUAUGAGGCCCUAGCAAAUGCUGAGAAGAUUUGUUAUAUACUCUACCCUGGGGAUGAAUCAAUGGAGGGCAAGGUCCUUCGCUUGAAGCAACAAUACACUUUAUGUUCAGCUUCUCUCCAAGACAUCAUUGCACGUUUUGAGAGAAGAUCUGGAGCAAAUGUAAGAUGGGAAGAGUUUCCUGAGAAGGUUGCAGUACAGAUGAAUGAUACACACCCAACUCUCUGCAUCCCAGAGCUGAUGAGAAUUUUGAUAGAUUUGAAGGGUUUAAGCUGGAAGGAGGCCUGGAAUAUCACUCAAAGAACUGUAGCCUAUACAAAUCAUACUGUUCUUCCUGAGGCAUUGGAGAAAUGGAGUUUAGAACUUAUGCAGAAACUGCUUCCUCGACAUGUUGAGAUUAUAGAAAUGAUUGAUGAGGAGCUUAUUCACACCAUAGUAUCGGAGUAUGGUACAGAAGAUUAUGAAUUGUUGGAGAAAAAAUUGAAGGAGAUGAGAAUAUUAGAAAAUGUUGAUUUGCCUUCAGCCUUUGCAGAUUUAUUUGUUAAACUUAAACCCAAGGAAAGCCCUGUUGUUGUUCCCAGUGAGGAACUUGAAAAUUCGGAAGACGCAGUUGACCCUGUUGUUGUUCCCAGUGAGGAACUUGAAAAUUCGGAAGACGCAGUUGACCCUGUUGUUGUUCCCAGUGAGGAACUUGAAAUUUCGGAAGACGCAGUUGAACCUAUUGAUGAAGAAGAUGGAUCUGAAAAGACAGUCAAUCAGGAAACAAAAAUGGAGUUGCCAGAACCAGUACCAGAACCCCCAAAGAGGGUUCAUAUGGCUAAUCUCUGUGUAGUGGGUGGUCAUGCAGUAAAUGGUGUUGCUGAGAUACAUAGUGAAAUAGUAAAGGAUGAAGUAUUUAAUGCAUUUUUUAAGUUGUGGCCUGAGAAAUUUCAAAAUAAAACAAAUGGGGUGACACCAAGAAGGUGGAUCCACUUCUGCAAUCCAGAAUUAAGUAAAAUUAUAACUGACUGGAUUGGCUCUGAAGACUGGGUCUUGAAUGCUGAAAAACUGGCAGAGUUACGAAAGUUUACAGAUAAUGAAGAUCUCCAAACCCAGUGGAGGGCAGCAAAAAGGAACAAUAAGUUGAAAGUUGUAUCAUUCCUCAAAGAGAGAACAGGAUAUUCUGUCAGCCCUGAUGCAAUGUUUGAUAUCCAGGUGAAGCGCAUCCAUGAAUACAAGAGACAACUCUUGAAUAUCUUGGGGAUUGUUUACCGCUACAAGAAGAUGAAAGAAAUGAGUGUAGCUGAAAGGAAAUCAAAGUUUGUUCCACGAGUUUGUAUAUUUGGCGGCAAAGCAUUUUCUACAUAUGUGCAAGCCAAGAGAAUUGUGAAAUUUAUCACCGAUGUUGGAGCUACAGUCAACCAUGAUCCUGAAAUAGGUGAUUUACUGAAGGUUGUUUUUGUCCCUGAUUACAAUGUCAGUGCUGCUGAGUUGCUUAUUCCUGCAAGUGAGCUAUCACAGCAUAUAAGUACUGCUGGGAUGGAAGCCAGUGGAACUAGCAACAUGAAGUUUGCAAUGAAUGGUUGCAUUCUGAUUGGGACCUUGGAUGGGGCGAAUGUUGAAAUAAGACAAGAGGUUGGAGUUGAGAACUUUUUCCUCUUUGGUGCUAAAGCUCAUGAGAUUGCUGGGCUCAGGAAACAAAGAGCUGAGGGGAAGUUUGUUCCAGACCCACGUUUUGAGGAAGUCAAGGAAUUUGUCCGAAGUGGUGUUUUCGGAUCUUACAAUUAUGAUGAGCUGAUUGGAUCUUUGGAAGGAAAUGAAGGUUUUGGCUGUGCUGAUUAUUUCCUUGUUGGCAAGGACUUCCCCAGUUACAUGGAAUGCCAAGAGAAGGUUGACGAGGCAUAUGGAGAUCAAAAGAGGUGGACAAGAAUGUCAAUCUUGAAUACGGCGGGUUCAUACAAGUUCAGCAGUGAUAGAACAAUCCAUGAAUAUGCCAAGGACAUAUGGAACAUUGAACCCGUAAAAUUGCUGUAGAAGUGAUAUAUUUAUACCAUGGUAGAGAGGGUCUUCGCACAGUGAUGAUGGAGUAAGGUGUAAUUCAAAUAAAUGUGUUAUGUAAUAAAAAAAAACGAAGUAUUUGGUUUUACUUUUGUGCAUAAAAGUGGUUCUAGUCGAAGAGAUAUAUUUAUACCAUGGUAGAGAUGGUCUUCGCACAGUGAUGAUGGAGUAAGGUGUAAUUCAAAUAAAUGUGUUAUGUAAUAAAAAAAAAAAAACGAAGUAUUUGGUUUUACUUUUGUGCAUAAAA